AACCUUCCUUAAAAUUUGGUCCAUUGCCCUCGUUAAACUCUUUGGAAUUCCUUCCCGAAUUAUUUAAAACUCAAAUCGAACGUACAUUCAAUCAGCAUGCAGCAAGUCAAACAAAUUGUGUAAUAGAAAAUGCAACAGCAACAAGUAGAGCACAAAAUGCUCAAAUCAAUUCCAAUACCAACAACAACAAAAACAACACCAACAAUAAGUUCAAUAACUUAUUAUUAGCUGAUAUGCUGGAAACAUCCUCCAAAAAUCACUUCAACCUCUUUGUAGGUAUUACUAAUGAAGCAAAGGAGGUUCCGCAACUAAAAUCGGAGCCUGACAACGAUGCUGCUGACAUCAGCGUAAAUUUGCCAAAAGUUUUACAAUCUAAUGUAAAUAUGAAUUCCAUUGUGAACACAAGCGAAAACGAUGCUGCUGAUUUAGAGUCAAAGUUGAUGCCGAACAAAUCAGCUGAAGCUGAAAGUUUGCCCUGCACAAAUAUGGGUGCUGAUGCCGUCAAUGCGGCUGUGGGUGACAGAGGUAACAAUGUCGAUGACAAUGCCAGUGGUCGCUCAUCUUUAAAAGUACGUGAUGAAUUUGUGAAAUUAAAAAACCAAAGUGGCAGUGAAAUGCGUGCCAGUGACAAUCACCAAACAACGUGUCCUAGAGAAGAGCAACAACAACAACAGCAGCAGCAUAAGUAUGCUAGUCGCCAAUGUCAUCAACAGCAGCAGCCCCAACUUCAUCUGCAUCAUAAUAAAAAUAAUGAUGAUGAUGGUGAAUUUUCACCACGCCAUCGAAGUCAUAGUCGUGACAGUUCACAAGCCAGUUCGGGCAAAAACAAUUGCCUUGCUGAUGAUGGCGAUGCUGAUGACAAUAAUAAGGGUUCAUCGGGUGAGGAAGGUAAAGUUGGAGUUGCAAACACCACAACAACAACAGCAGCAUCGACGCCACUAACUAAUGUGGGUGGUGGCGCUGACACAGGCGAUUGUAAUCAAAAGACAACUUCAUUUCCAUCUGUCAAUCAGUUGAGCCAAAAAGAAAAGCGUGAACAGUUUUCGAAAAUUAAGG